UGGGGAUGGCAGGCGGGGUGGGAGAUUGCCGAAAAAACCUCAUUUCCUCAGGAAACAGAGUGAAAGCCUUGGCUGAAAGCUGGGACUCCAGGAAUUCGGUGCUUUGGAGCUGUGGGGGCUUCGUGAACAUCCCCCCUUGCCUUGUGCAAGUGGGGAUUUAUGCCCAGAGAUGCAAAUUUCAGCCAUGUGCAAAAACAAGGAGGGAGAAAAGUGAAAGGGGGUGGAAAAAAUAGAAUAUAAAACCAGAUUUCACCCGUGAUAAAAUUCUGCAGUUAAAGCUUUUUUGCCUUAAGGUUUGCAGGCUGGAGGUGGGCACCCUGGGGAGAUUUUGGGGCUGGAAAGAGGGAAACUGCCUUUUUCUUUUAACCCUUUUUGUUCUUCGGGUGGGUUUUGUGGCUAAUUAAACCCUGGCUGUGAUUGGGGGUCUGGGGAGAGGAUGGGAUUUGUUAUUUUUUGUGCAAGGGGAGGUUUGGGAAGGCCGUUACCAGAAAUGGAGCUGAGCACUGGUGCUUUUGUCCCAUGGAUCUUCCUGCCAGGGGAAGGUGAGGCACGGCUGUGCUGGGUUUGGAUCAACUCGGGGUCCCUUUGGGGACAAUGGCAGCAGGAUGGGGACGUCCGGAUGAGCACAGACCCCCACGCUGCGUUGGGGGGGAGGGUGGGGGGCUGAAGGGAUGUGACUGGUGCUGAUCAGCCCAUUGGUGGCAGGGGUCAGAGUGGAUUUUGGGGUGCUCACCUCCUCAGCAGCAGGUGGAGGGUGGUUUUCUCUGGUGGGAGACAGUACGGCUGGGUGGUACGGCUGUGCCGGGGGGGAAGGAAGCAACAGCGCCACGAUAAGGACUGGCUGCCAACCAGUGAGGUUUCCCCUUGUUUUUCUGCUGGGGGAUGAGGUAAGAGCCAGGCGUGCGAUAACGCCCAGGGGAGAAGGAGCCAGGAGGAAGCCCAUCAGCAGCUUAAAUUCAAGGUGCCUUCACCUUUGGGUGCUCACAGGAACCCCGCAGGGUGUUUCGGGGUGCGCAAGGUUCACAGAUGGGGCGUGGAGCGUGAGCAAGCCGGUAGUUUCGGGGUGAAAAGCCAUUUUCUCCGCUACCAGCCUUUCUCAGGGCCCCAGCACACCGGGGUUCCCUGGCACAGGGGGGGUCCCUCACCCCGUUGUGGAGCCGGGAGCCAGUGGAGGAGGAACCGGCUUUAUUCCAGGCUGAAGGGGAGGUUGCACAACCCGGCCCCGGGGGAAAGCGAGGCGGGUUCGGGCUUCGCUCAGCUUUUGGCUCCAGCCCUCAUUGCUCUCCAUAACCUUCCUCCGGCGUUUGUUUAGUGCUUUACUACCCCGGAGCCAUUCGGGAUUUAGCUCCCCAGAGGAGGAGGCGGCUUUAGAGGAUGUCGACCUACAAGCGAGCGACAUUGGAUGACGAAGACCCCCUGGACUCUAUCGGUGAAGGCGAUGGGUACCCCAACGGCUUCCAGGUGAACUUCCGCGGCUCGAGGAGCAGCCUGGGGUGCUGGGCUGAGCGGACGCGCACCGAGAAGCAGCUCGUGGUGCUGGUGGGGGUGCUGGCGGCCGUGCUGGCAGCAUGUCUGCUGGGCCUCAUCUUCCAGUACAGAGCCCGGCCACCCACUGUGUGCCUGUCAGAAGCCUGCAUCUCCGUUACCAGCUCCAUCCUCAGCUCGCUGGACCGGGCGGUGAAUCCCUGCGAGGACUUUUUUGGCUAUGCCUGCGGGGGCUGGAUCAAGGCCAACCCCCUCCCUGACGGCCACUCACGCUGGGGCACUUUCAACAACCUCUGGGAGCACAACCAGGCCAUCAUGAAGCAUCUGCUGGAAAACACCACAGCCAAUGUGUCAAGCGAGGCGGAGCGCAAGGCGCAGCGUUAUUACCAAGCCUGCAUGAAUGAGAGCAAGAUCGAAGAGCUGCGUGCCACCCCGCUCGUGGAACUCAUCCAAAAGCUGGGUGGCUGGAACAUCACAGGUCCCUGGGCAGGGGACAACUUCAACGCAACGCUGCGGGAGGUGACGGCGCAUUACCGCACCUCGCCCUUCUUCUCCGUCUAUGUCAGCGCCGACUCCAAAAACUCCAACAGCAACGUCAUCCAGGUGGAUCAGUCGGGGUUAGGCCUGCCGUCACGGGAUUACUACCUGAACAAGACAGAGAAUGAGAAGGUGCUUGCUGGGUACCUGAACUACAUGGUACAGCUGGGGAUGUUCCUGGGAGGCACCGACGAGGAGUCAACACGGCAGCAGAUGCAGCAGAUCUUGGACUUUGAGACAGCACUAGCCAACAUCACCAUCCCACAGGAGAAGCACCGGGACGAGGAGGUCAUUUACCAUAAAAUGACAGCUGGAGACCUGAAGGAGCUGGCACCAGCCGUGGACUGGAUGCCCUUUCUGACCACGGUCUUCUACCCUGUGGAGCUCAAUGAGUCAGAGCCCGUCGUGGUCUACGCCAAGGAGUACCUGGAGCAGGUCUCUGACCUCAUCCUGGCCACUGAUAAAUGUCUCCUCAACAACUACAUGAUCUGGAACCUGGUGCGGAAAACCAGCCCCUUCCUUGACCAGCGCUUCCAGGAUGCUGAAGAAAAAUUCAUGGAAGUGAUGUAUGGGACAAAGAAGACCUGCCUCCCGCGCUGGAAAUUUUGCAUCAGCGACACAGACAACAACCUGGGCUUUGCCCUGGGGGCCAUGUUUGUCAAGGCCACCUUCGCCGAGGACAGCAAGCAGGUGGCGGAGGAAAUGAUUGCGGAGAUUAAAACUGCCUUCGAGGAAAGCUUGGAGACCCUGCAGUGGAUGGAUGAAGAGACGAGGAAAUCGGCCAAAGAGAAGGCAGAUGCCAUCUACAAUAUGAUUGGCUACCCCAAGUUCAUCAUGGACCCCAAGGAGCUGGAUAAAGUCUUUAAUGAUUACGAGGCUGUGUCUGACCUCUACUUCGAGAACGUCAUGCAGUUUUACAACUUCUCAGCCAGAGUCACUGCCGACCAGCUCCGGAAACCACCGAACCGGGAUCAGUGGAGCAUGACACCUCCCACAGUCAACGCGUACUACUCUCCCACCAAGAAUGAGAUUGUCUUCCCUGCUGGCAUCCUUCAGGCCCCUUUUUACACCCGUGCGUCUCCCAAGUCACUGAAUUUUGGUGGGAUUGGCGUGGUGGUGGGCCAUGAGUUGACACACGCCUUCGAUGACCAAGGCCGGGAAUACGACAAGGAUGGCAACCUGCGUCCUUGGUGGAAGAACUCCUCGGUGGAGGCCUUCAAGCGGCAGACAGCAUGCAUGGUGGAGCAGUACGGCAAUUACACUGUCAAUGGUGAGGCCAUCAACGGCAAGCACACCCUCGGGGAGAACAUCGCCGACAACGGGGGCCUCAAGGCCGCCUACCGGGCAUAUCAAAACUGGCUGAAAAAGAAUGGGGAUGAGGAAACCCUGCCAACCCUUGGCCUCACCAACCAUCAGCUCUUCUUUGUUGGCUUCGCCCAGGUGUGGUGUUCGGUUCGCACACCGGAGAGCUCACACGAGGGGCUCAUCACCGACCCCCACAGCCCCUCGCGUUUCCGUGUCAUCGGCACUGUCUCUAACUCCCGGGAGUUUGCGGAGCAUUUCAGCUGCCCCCUCGGCUCCCCCAUGAAUCCCCCCAAGAAGUGUGAAGUCUGGUGAUGGGCGAGCGCCUGAGGGAACCAGCUGCCGGUUGCUUCGUCCUCUGCCGACAGCUGAAUUUCCCUGCUCCUUUUGUAACUCAAACCACUUCUCCGUGCAACAAACUGCCCAACUCUCAGCCGGAGUGGCGCCCUGCGUCCCCCGGUAUCGUCCAAGGUUCGAUCCACUGUGAAAACUCUUCAUCCCCUUGCUUGUUUGUGAAAUGACUUCGGUUUGGGGGUCUUUUCUUUCCCACCAUGACCGAGCCACGUGUCAAGGCACACGAGUUCAUGGGCUCAACCUCCAUACUUACACAGACAGCGCUCCAGCCUGACGCAUCGCCCCGGCAAAAUGCCUCUUUUUUUUGGAGGUGAUAAAGGGAACGCCGUGACACCGGCAGGUUUGGCUGCGUGUCUACAUCUGACGUACCUUCCUCUCUCCAAAGAUGCGCACAUGAGGAUGGGAAAUAUUUUAAGAUAUAUUUUUUGGGGGAAAAUCUGUAUAUUUUUUUCAUGCGUUGUGGAAUACACUGGAAAAUUUCAGGGAAAAUGCAUUUAAAAGCCUUUUUUAGUAAAAGAUUAGUAUAUUUAUUAAUUUUUUUUAAACUUGGUGCAGCUGUAGAUGACAGUCCCUCAGCCAAGGAAGCUGGAUGGGGCUGCUCCAGAUCCCAGGUUUCUCUGGGAGGGACUGUCCUCAGAGGAUGCUGAUGGGAAAUUGGGGACAGCGGGCCUGGGGACAGAGCUGGAGGAAGCUGCGGGCUGCAGAAAGGCUCUGCCUUUCCUAGGGUUAGCUUUAAUUUUGGAGUGCGAAGGGAAAAAAGUUAUUGUGCCAAAGAUGUACCCAAGGUGGUGACAGUGUGGAUGAAGCACCCAGUUCUCCCUCCUGUCCCUUCUGAAGCAAGGUCAGCCGCGAUUUCCUGGCCCAAAUGCUUCCCCAGACAAGCGCAGGUGGUUCCUGCCGCUGCUUCGCUUGCCGCUGUGCCUGGCCUCUACUCCUGCGGAACUGCAAGGCCCAAAAUCACUGCACGGCUCCAAACCUCCAUCCUGCGGUGGCUGGUUUGGCACCAGUGUGAGAUCUGGUCAGGAUGGGGGCAAGGGGAUUUCUUAAGGGUUUUUCAAUAUUCCUUUUGCAGUUUUGAGAAGAAACCACUGACUGUAGCUCAGGUGCUGUGUGUUGUCUCAUGGGGCACCUUCUUACUCUAGAGAGAAAGCAAAGACGUAGAGGGAUUUUUAAUAUUUAUAUGUAAAAGGGGGGAUGGAGGGAUUUUUUUUUUGUAACUAUUUUUUCACCCUACACAUGGGGCUUAUUGUAAUUGAAGUAAUAAAUACUUUUUACUGGGUCUGGAA